AUGCGAGAUACCAAAUUUGAAUGGUCUAGGACAUCACAACAGAACCAAGGCCGUAGAGUUACUGUUGCACAGCCUUCAACGGGACCGUCCGGCCAGGUGAUGGCAAUUGGAAACUGUCUGAACCCAUCACAGAGCAACAGGAUCUCAAUCUCGCAACAAUCAGUGGCCUACAGCCAAUCCAGGUACCCUAGUCCUCCUGAAACCCCGAGGCCGGCAAUACGAACGCGAAUGGAGUUGCAAACACCAGUCCUACCUCAUCCGGGCUUGGAUGCGCGCUUGUACCAGACUCGAGAGCCUUCUAGGGCCGCGGUCGAGGAGCAUGACCGGGAGUUGCGUGAACCCCGUCCAAAGUAUACCGCAGAGCAAUGCUAUUUCAUCUGGUAUUGGCGGAUCGACAAAAAGAAACCGUGGGAAGGACGAGAAGGAGUGGGUGAAGGCGUAGGCGAUGGGGUGGUUGAGCGAUACAACGCCUACUUCAGCCCUCAGCGCCCAUGUCAAGGCUUGCAAUGCCGCUACUAUCGAUUCCUUGAGGAGAAGAACGUGCCUCCCAUUCGCAAGCGUUCAAAGUCAGGGCCAGAUCGGUUUAUGCCCAAGUACGGCAUGGUCGAGUUCACCAAGGGAAAGUUAAAAUAUCCUUGGAUGGAGCCUGAAAUGCUAGUUUCUCCACAGGCUCAGAGCAUAUCGAGGCCAUGGGAACUUUGA